AUGUCCAUGAACUUUGUGACGUUUAACCAGGACUACAGCUAUUUGGCUGUGGGCACUUCGAAAGGGUUCCGCAUCUUUACGACAGAUCCCUUUGCCAAGAGCUAUGAAACCAAGGAAGGAAACAUAGCAAUCCUAGAGAUGUUGUUUUCAACAUCUCUAGUGGCGCUGAUUCUGUCGCCCCGCCGGCUUCAAAUCACAAACACCAAGCGGCAAUCGACCAUCUGUGAACUUACGUUUCCGACCACGGUGCUAGCCGUGAAAUUGAACCGCAAAAGGCUGGUCAUUGUCCUCGAAGACCAGAUCUAUCUCUACGAUAUCCAGACUAUGAAGCUUCUGCAUACCAUAGAAACGUCUCCGAAUCCAAAUGCCAUCUGUGCGUUGUCGCCGUCUUCCGAGAAUUGCUAUCUUGCAUAUCCACUGCCGCAGAAGGCUCCUCCUUCUUCAUUUGCGCCUCCUGCGCAUACACCCCCGGGGAGCAUGCAUAUAGCGCCCACGAGCGGGGACGUCCUUAUUUUUGACACGUUGAAGCUGGAAGCCAUCAACGUUGUCGAAGCGCAUCGAUCUCCGUUAUCAUGUAUCACAUUAAACAGCGAGGGCACGCUUCUGGCUACUGCGUCAGACAAAGGGACGAUCAUCCGAGUGUUUUCGGUCCCGGAUGGUCACAAGCUUUAUCAGUUCCGACGAGGAUCCAUACCCUCGAGAAUAUAUAGCAUGUCAUUCAAUACGACCUCGACUCUUCUUUGCGUUUCGUCUGCUACGGAGACCAUCCAUAUCUUUAAACUGAGCAACCAAGGCUCAUCUACUGAGGGAGGUCCCGGUUCACCUACCGGGGAGAGAGCCCUCAGUCAAAGUUCUUCCGGCUAUUCGCCCACGGGAGAAGACUCGGCUGGCGAUAGAGAAGUGUCGGACAUUGCAUCAAGGAAGCACAAUGGGACACUGAUGGGAAUGAUCCGGCGGACCUCGCAGAACGUCGGAAGCACCUUUGCGGCCAGGGUUGGAGGGUAUCUCCCGAAGGGCGUGAGCGAAAUGUGGGAGCCGGCCCGUGACUUUGCCUGGAUUAAACUCCCCAGGUCGGCCCAGGGACACGGUGGAAGUGCGAGUUCGGGUCCAGUGAGAAGUGUCGUGGCCAUGAGCAGCAACACGCCUCAAGUCAUGGUGGUGACGAGUGAGGGUAAUUUCUAUGUCUUCAACAUUGACCUCUCCAAGGGGGGAGAAGGCACAUUGACGAAACAAUACUCGUAG